AUGCCCGACCCCGUCAUCACGCCGCUGGCAGCAUUCGGCCUCGCCACGACCAUCCUCAGCUAUCUCAUCAAUACGGCGCAAAAUCUCCACGGAAAAUACCAUGAGAUCAAAGACUUCCCAGAGGUGCUGACCAGGUAUGGACUCAUCGUCCAUGACUGUCUUCAGAGCUAUGAUCUCUGGCUGCGUUUGUGGCACCGGCCAAACGAGCUAUCAUAUAACGAGCUGUUCGGGGUGAACGGUUGGAUCGCUAUCAAGACCUGCAGGCAGGACGUGGAGCGCUUAAUCGUCCAGACUGCUGAUAUUCUGUGCCUAAAAGUGCCUCUGAGGCAGGCCGAGGAUGACGCCUCGGUGGCAUCGGCGCACGUGUCCACCUUGCGGCGAGCCGCCAUGAGCAUCAGAUCGGCGGCAAAGAGUCCUGCGCGUUUGAUCAGGCGCUGGAGGAAACCCCACGGGAUCGACGAUCUAGCACAGGUGCCCAUCGAGCUCGAGUCUGGAGACCCCCUAAAGUGGCACAUCUUCACGAUCGCUCUCGAGAGUGGCCUGCGGGACUACCAGCCCCAGGAGCUCGUCCUUAAGCGCAUCAUUGGCGUGCUCGGUCCGAACCAGAAUCUGAAGAAUAAGAUCGCCGACCUCGAGAAGGCCGUAGCCAGCCUGGCUAAACGGACGUCCAACGCCUUCCAGCUCAUGGGUCACGGGAAGGAGCCCAAGGAGGCCGCCGAGGUCGAGGCUGCCGACAUGACCAUCGAGUUUCGGGCCGUCGCUCGCAACGUCAUGGACCAAAUACGCGGAUGCGGCAAUAUCAACGGGGCUGGCGAAGGAGGCGAGGAGGGCGAGGAGGGCGAGGAGGGCGAGGAGGGCAACGAGGGCAACGAGGGCAACGAGGGCAACGAGGGCAACGAGGGCAACGAGGGCAACGGGGGCAACGAGGGCAACGAAGGCAAAGGGACCUGGUUCCUCGAGCUCGAGUUCCCGACAGGCGCCAGCGACGUCAGCGUUGCCGUGGAGCAAAUCAUCCGCAACUGUAGCAUCUCCUUCAUCGCCAGGACCGCCCCGCUGCCGGGCAAGAGCACCAUGACGCAGGAGAUCAAGAUGCGGCGCCUCCGGGGCGUCCUUGAGAAUGAGGACGACGACGUCUCUGCGCUGGCCCUCGCCAUGGCCAAGUUCCACACCCGGCCGACCUGGACCGUCUCGAUGCCCGGCCAGGCAGCCGGCCCGCCCGUGUACCAGCUGGACUGGGCCGACCCGCCGCCCGAGCUGCUGAUGAAGGACUGGCGGACGCUGCUCGGCGCAUGCGCGGACGACCGGGCUGUGCGCAAGGCCCUGGAGCUGGAGAGGGCACACUUUGCCCUCGGUCUCACCCUGUGGUUCAUUCUGCUAUGGGAGACGGAAUGGUUUGGCCACGUCUGUAGCUGCGCCUUCCGGUGCGUCCUCUUCGCGCCGGACGCGACUGGCCAGAGGCGCGACAGCGUCGCCGAGGAGGCUGCAGAUGGGACGGCUGGUGAAGAAGAGGUGCGCUGCCGCCGAGAGCAUGUCUACGCGUACGAUGCUUUGCGCCUGGAUGGCGUCGCCCAUGCCAACGCCAACACCAACGUUCCAAUCAUCCCCGAGGUCGUGGUUGAGGUCAAGCCAAAUGCCGGUGCCGGGGCCGGGGUCGCUCCUCAACAACAAGGCCCGGCUAUGACGCCGCCGGUGAUAGUGCCCCCGACCACGACGGCUCCGGCACCAUACUGUAGGGGCCAGGCCGACCUCAAGCACCGGCUCUACCACCUGGGCAUGCUCCUCGCCGAGCUCGCCCUCGCCACGCCCAUCCACCUGAGCUCCGACGUGGGCCAUGUCCCGCGCGCCAACUUCCCCGGGCGGCCAGUCGGGCAAUUCCGCCGCAUCCGCGACAUCCGCAACCACAGGGAGAUCCCCACACAGCUCAAGGAUGCCAUCGAGUUCUGUUUCGACAAGGCCACCGAGGUGCGCUGGUCCGUCGAGGACAAGGGGCUUGCUGCGCACAGGGUGAGCGACUUCCUUGAGGGUGUUGUGAAGCCCGUCAAGGAGUACUACGACGUCGUAGAGAAGAACUUCAAGUACGCGAAGCAAUUUGCCGUGCUCGCUCAGAAGUAUCAGGAGGAUGAUGUUGGACAGAUCCAAGAUCGAACUAGUUGA